AUGAGUUUCGGGCCGAAUGAUUCUGGCCUCCUACCAUUCAAGUCAGAAGCGGAGACGGAGGAGUACUUGGACGAGCUGGGUUUGAAAUUCAGAUACGCUUGCACAAAGGAGAAAGAUCCUAUACGUAAUUCUUGUGGAACGUAUUGAUAUAUUAUUUCCCUAUUAUACAGUUCGGGAAUAUCUCAGAAAGUAACUCUUUCCAAUAACCGUCUCCUUUGUACGAAGACCUAUUGGCUCUUAAAACUGAAAGAUUCCGAAUUGUGUCCUUCCAUUCAUAUCCUGACAAUUUUAUAUGCCGGAAAACAGACCAAAGACCCUGAUUCGAAUAUUCUUUCCUUAAGAAUGUCAUUCUCUUGGACUCUGGCUCGAGACUUUUAAACGCAACUGGGUGGAAGCGGAGAGCAUUUACCGCGAUAACUGUUUUACACGACGUUUCCCCGAAAGUUGCACCAAGUACGCUUUUCUCAAACUCUUUGGAGGCGAGGGAAUCACGCGAGACAAGCAACUGGCCUUCGAAGCCCUCAAGUUUGGCUGCCAUGUUGCUGGAGAUGCCAGAUGCUGUCAGGUAAGCACCGGUGCGCCACUCGUAUAAGUCAGCAGCUUCCUGACCCUCCCCCCCUCAACCAUCUGCUCACAAAAGUCAGACUGCACUGCAUUUAUUUCCUUAAUCCCACAGACAGCCGGUGAACAGCUCUUGGAUGGCGUCAUCCCGGACAACGAAAACUUCGACCAGGCCGCUGAGUUCUUCAAAUUGGGAAGUCAGCGUGGUCUACCAGUAAGCAGCUACUACCUGGGCAGCCUCUACUAUGCAAGAGCGCAACGCCAACGUUCGGCUGACAUACGCCAGUCAGGCAGUGUUAGCCGGCCACGCUCGGAAGCCGAACUGCAGCUGCGCAAGAACGCCCUACAGUACUGGGUCACGGCCUGCGAAAAGCGUCACGAGCUAGCCUGUCGCAAUGUCGCGCGUGCGUACCACAUCGGCGAUGCUGUUGAGAAGGACGAAGAGCUGUCGGCCAAGUAUAUGAAACUGGCAGAAAACAUCAACUCCAGGGGACACAGUACUGGUGAUAGGGCCGAGGAUCCAACAUAA